AUGCCGAAAAAAUUUGCCGGAGAAAACAGUAAGGCAGUUGCCGCUCGCAGUAGGAAGGAAGCUACAAAAGAAGCGGAAAAGAGCAAGAAAUCACAGGCGGAAGAAGAUGCCAAAUGGAGAGAUGAUGAUAAGAAUUUGAUGAAAAAGCAGCAGAAAAAGGAUGACCAAGAAAAACGCCUGGAACAACUCCAGAAGAAAGCGGAAGCGAAAGCGCUUCUUGAACAGGAGAUGAACUCAAUUAAAAAGACAACCAAACCACCUCCUCCAGCUAAAGUGACCAGGGCACAGAUUGAAUCAAGAAGUGCCCAAAAUACAAAUAAUAAACCAGUGGAAAAGAAAGUCGUUGAGACACAUCUGGAUAAACCUGUGGAAGAAAACAUCAACAGAAUGGUUGUUGAAGGAGAAGAAGCUAGGAGUGUUACGGAAGCCAUUGCAAUCUUAGGUGUGAAAGAUGAUGGCAGUGAUAAACACCCAGAGAAAAGAAUGAAAGCAGCGUACACUGCCUACGAAGAACGUCGCCUCGCCGAAUUGAAGCUCGAACAUCCCUCUUUACGCCUUUCCCAAUUAAAACAAAUGAUAUUUAAAGAAUGGCAGAAAUCCCUGAAAAUCCCUCAAUAAAGUGCAACAAUAACACGCACAUUAAAAUAUUUAAUAAUAAUUUAAUCAGUCAUUAUGUGAAUACGAUUUAAUACAUAAUUGAAUGACAUUUCCAUCAACUUUACCAAAAAGUUAAA